AUGUCUAAUUAUAUCCCCUCAUUCUCUGCCCCCAACUCCAGGCCGGGCUCGCCCAUGCCCCUGGGCUCGCCCUCAGCCUCCAGACCAACCAGCUUCUACGCCAACUCCAGAGCAAACUCCUUCAUCGGGACCACCAGAAGAGGCUCUACAGUUCCUCAGUCGAGGAAGAACUCGGUCGCUGCGCCCUCGCGCAAGAACUCUGUCGCGCCCCAGUCGCGCCCCAACAGCGAGGAUGGCAAGGGCUCCUCCGAUCCCGAAUCUACGGAUGUGGAGGUCUUGAAGAACGAAAAGGGCGAGCCGCUGGCCGGUCGCAUCGUCGGUGGUAAAUAUGUCGACCCUGCCAACGAGGCCAUCGACGCGGAGUUUGGCGCCAUCAAGACCGUUGACAUCGACAUGCCCCUUACUCUGACCGAGUUGGUCAACGAUAAGGGCAAAGACUACAUCGUGCUUGGAUUCGCUUCAGGGGAUAAGGAGAACCCCUUCAACUGGAACCCGUGGUACAAGCGAUCGAUCUCAACCAUCCUCAACCUCAUGACCCUCUUCAUCGGUCUUGCAACAACAGCAUACAGUUCCGGUAUCACGAGCAUGUGUGAGGAGUUCGGUGUUCCUAACAUCAAGGGCCAACUGGGCCUCUUCACCUUCAAUAUCAGCUGUGCCAUCGCGCCCAUGAUUCUCGCCCCCUUCUGUGAGUUGGUCGGCCGUAAAGUAGUAUAUGCCAGUUCAUUCCUGUGCUUUUCGCUGCUCUUUAUCGGCCUCGCCCUGGCCCAGGACAUCAACACCAUCAUUGGCCUGCGACUCCUCCUUGGUCUCUUCGGUUGCGUCGGUACUAUUCUUGUCGGCGGUACCUUUGAUGACAUGUACGAGCCUCACCAACGAAGUCGCCCAAUGGCCAUGUUCAGUUGGGUCGCUAUCUUCGGAACUGUCGCUGCCCCUAUCUACGCCGGUUUCAUUAACCAGUCUCUCGGAUGGCGAUGGAUCGAGGGUAUCCAGGGCAUUGCCAACGUCCCCCUACUCCUCGUAAUCUUCUUUUACUUCCCCGAGACCCGUGGUGGUGUCGCUCUUCACAAGCGAGCCAAGGCUCUUCGACAGGCUACCGGCGAUGAUCGCUAUGUCUCAGCCGGUGACAUCUUGACUCCCAGUCUGCAGUCUAUGCUGAAGGCCAGUUCCGUCAAGGCUAUCCAUAUGCUGGCUACCGAGCCCGUCGUCUUGGCCUUUGGUCUCUGGAUUGCUUUCUGCUGGGCUGUUGUUUUCCUCUUCCUCUCGGUUAUCCCUAUUACCUUCCAGGAGAACCACGGAUGGGGCGAGGGUGUCAGCGGUCUUCCCUACAUCUCGCUUGCCAUUGGUACCACCCUUGGCUGGUUGGCUCAUCACCUUCAAAUGCGCAAGUUCGAUCGUCUUGUGGCCGACCCCAACAUCAAAGUCACUCCCGAGGCCCGUCUCUACGGUGCCAUGUACGGAGCUAUGUUCCUGCCCAUCGGCCUCUUCAUCUACAGCUUCACCCAGUAUGCCCACGUCUCCUGGGUUGGACCCGCCGUCGGCCUUGCCCCUAUCGCUUUCGGUAUCUACUUCGUCUUCGAGGCUACCUACAGUUAUACUGCCGAUUGUUACGGCGAGAGCUCCUCCUCUGCCAUUGCUGGACAGGGUCUUAUGCGAAACACUCUUGGUGCUGUUACACCUCUUUUCGCCAAUGCCUUCUUCCACAACGUUGGUAGCCAGUACGCUGGUCUUAUCCUUGCUCUGUUUGGUACUCUUCUGAGCUUGAUUCCUUUCGUCAUGUUCAAGUAUGGAUACAAGCUGAGAGCUCGCAGCAAGUUGGCUAUUGAGAUGUAA